UCAAUGAACUUGUUUUCGACAUAUGAAAGUUAACUUAAAAGCGUUUCUAACAGGCUCUAAUGCUGGCAUGUUUACUUUCUCUGUCAGAGGUGUGAUUAAAAAUUGUUGAAAAAUAAUUGGGCGUUGUCUGAUAGCAUUUGCAAGGAAAGAAAGUCAGGAAACGUCCAAGUGUGGAAAAUACAGUCUUGUUUUGUUGUUGAUGCUUUGUUUUUUCUUUUUGAGCCACAGAGUUUGUAGACGUAAAAUGAAAAUCCAAUCUUCAGAAAAAGGAAAUGAAAGUAUCUCGGAGAAGAACAAUUUGUGAACCUAGCCCAUAGAUGUGAUAAUACUGGAAAAUGAUUUCAAUUUGGUUAUCACUGAUGAAGAACGGAUUUUCUAUUAUUAUUAUUUCACGGUAUGCAUGACUGGUCGAUCACUUAGAAGUGUUUAUAUUACUGAACUCAGCGUCGUCAUUAUCAUUUCACGCAUGAUCUUAUCUUGAUCCUCUUUAGACGAUGUUUUGUUUUAACUAACAAGUCAAAAUAUGAUCUUAUUGUCUCAGAAAACAAACACUUCAUAUCCCACUGGAAUAGGACCAGAUGUGGACAACUUCACAUUCACAUGAAGCAAGUCCAUCUUCAAAGAUUUUCAGUUGCACUGUUGAAUAAAUUCAGUAGAAAAAGCCGGUUUGAACUAUACGUAAAGGUAGAAGAACAAGAGACAUUUCAUGAUGGUUUUCAUGAUCAAUUUAUGUGACGACGUGCACGCACCAUUUGCUACAUCAGUGACGACUGCAUGUCUCUCCUUACUGCUUUGUUGUAUUACAGUUCCAGGAAACAUUCUGAUCUGCAUUGCCAUUUUGAAAGAUCCUUAUCAGGAAUUAUCUAACUCAUUCAACUAUUUUGUCCUCCAACUGGCAUUUAGUGACGUCAUUGUCGGGAUUUUCACCGAACCAGCAUUCGUCGUUUGGCAUAUUCGGGAAGCCCUUGGCCACGGUGUCUCAGGAACGAUAUGGAUUGUUCACUUAACGUUUUUCAUCUCUUGUACAGCUUCACUUCUUAGUCUGACUGCUCUAACUCUUGACAGACAUUUAACAAUCGUGACUAUCAGAAGGAAAUUUUCCACUCGUUCAGUGGUUCUUAUCUGUGCGUUAAUAUGGUUUUUAUCUCUGACGAUACCUCUCGUUUAUUUCGCUACUGGGUUUUACUUGUUUGCGUUUAUAUUCGCAAAUACCGCAGUUAUCACCACAUUUGUGAUUGUCACAUUUUCUUACUGUCAGAUUCAUUACAAGCUAAGAGUUCAGGUGUCUCGUUGGCGUUCAUUUUGUCAAGACCGCAUCGUGUCAAAAGCCAUGGCCAUGGAAAAACAACUUACGCGGUCAUUUAGCUUGAUUUUAAUGUGUUUCAUUUUGUGUUUAAUACCAUCGUGUGUCAUGAUAUACAUGAUAAACCUUUGCAAUGAUUGUGACUGUAUACUUAUCCACUGGCUACGGGAUUUACAGUUCCUUCUGACAUUAGUCAACUGCUCGAUGAAUCAGUUUCUUUAUGCUUGGAGGAUGCCCAACUUUCGAAAGGCAGUAGCUGCUAUCGUUUGUGGUAGGUCAAGUGCACCUCAAAGUGACAUACCUUCAACGCCUCUUACACCAACACUAUCGAGCAAUCGGAGUAGCAGAAAUGAAACGCUGACAGAGGAGUUUACGUCAUCAAUAAGGUACAAGAACACCUCGUAUACUAGAGACGAUAUCGAUGAUGCAGCCAAUGGAAACCUUGUGGAACAGCUUGAAAAUUAUAGGUGCAUAACCUAUGUAUAGAACUACUCAGUUUUUCUCUUAAAUUGACAAUGAUAACCUUAUUAAGGGACCGAUCAUGAUUUGUUACCAAUAUCAUCACAUGAAACUCUGUGAUAUUUUAAUGAUCACCCUUCAUUGGCAGUUAAUUAGCACUCAAUUUUCUAUAUUCCCCUUAUGAAGAAACGGAACACGAAUCUCAGAACUGAACCUUACGAACCUUCAGAACUCAACACUGCGAACAUUAUAUUACUUUUUAAUUAGAGCCGAGCAUAAAACCGAAUACUGCUUAUCUUAUCAAAGGGCGUGUUUAUUUACACACGCAUAGCUUUCAUAUACCAGAAUUGAGUUAAAGCCUUCGAGAGAAGUUGUUUUCCUCGAGAACGGAUAGUUUCUUUUUGACGAGUUAAAAUCUUGGAAUCUUAUAAAUCUAAUUAUCGGAGGAUAUAGCAAAUAAAAACCCCAACACCCCCA